AUGGCGUCUGUUGUAAUGACAGACGUUGACGAGGAUAAUGCAAAUGUAGAGACUUUUUCAAGACCAUUGCAUUUUUGGCAAAUAAAGUUGUUUGCCCAAUGCCCCAGUGCAUCCAACAUAAGUUGUUUUUUGAAAAUAAUGGAUCAGCGCAGCAUUUUCGUAUGACUAAUAAAAAACAGAUGACAGACCAAGAUCUGUCAAAUUCUUAUUCGUUUAUGAAGCGUAUGUGUGGCGAGGAAACAUUGAAAUAUAUUUCCUAUUUAUCGUAGAAGCGUACGAAGGUAUGUUCAUUUACAUUUUUUACGCUCAAAAAUUAUCAAUUGCCCCAAUUUAAUAUACGUGCAUAUUUAAAAAUAUCAAUCUUAAAUUAUUUAAAUUUUAAAAUAAAUAGCUUCAAAUUUUGAUUGUUGUAGACAUUGGCAAGUGGUUCUUGGUUCAACGUCUCCGGAGAAGGAAAGGUUAUUCCUAUAUUUGGCCAAGAUCCUAAAGAAGUUGCCAAAAUAUAUGGAAUGUUUCUUUUGCAUUCUGUCAAGCUGAAGACAUAUGUGGAUCAAAAUAAUCCCUGUCGAAUCUUGGUAUGUUGGCCUUUGGGAGAAGUAUACUUCAAGGCAUGGUAUAUGCAUGAGAAAAUGGAAAGCAACGUCGAGGGAACUGUCAUUGUUAUUGAAUGCUAUUUUGUAAAGAAGGUAUCUGUUUUAACAGUAUUUGUACGUGUGUGUGCUAAUAUAAUGUGUGCAUUAUAUUCGCAUGGUAACUAUAUUCAAAUGCAGCUUCGUUCAAGCAUUAACAUUUGUGAUUUGUGCUACAAAAAUUAUGAGCACACAUUCUCUAUGAAGUUUCCGUCUUUUACCUAAACAAUUAGAGAUUGUUCAAAGAUAUUUUUGAAUAUAGUGUACACUGUUAAAAAGCGAUAUUCAAUUGAUUUUUCCCAUGUAGUUUAAUUAAAACAUGAAUCAUUGUCAUGUUUAAACAUGAAAUUUAAUACAUGUGACCUGAUCUUGUGCGGAGUAUUUCACAUUUGGCUGCAGCUGGCAAAUCUAAUUUUGUUGCUCUAGAAACUAGAAAGGGCUUGUUUAUUUUUGCAGGUUUGCAUGCAUAGAGAAUGGUUAGGGUUUUAUUAUUAAGGGUUAUAUUUAUAUUUAGAGUUCUAAUGUCAUGUCAGGAUAAUGCAUAUUUGUGUAAACACAUGCAACUGCAGAACUAACCACCAAUACCGACUGUAAAAUGUAAAUUGUGCAUUUAAUUAACCCAUGAGUGGCAGCACUCUCCACUUGACAAAUAAAAUUUUCUGGCAUUAGACAGAGUAAAAUACUCUGGCGUUAGACAGAUUAAAAUAUUAAAGUAGGGCAAAUCAGGGUGCAUUGCCACUUAAAGGGUUAACCCAUUGAGCCGCAAUAAUUUGGCAAAUAGUCUCUCUUUUUUUUAUUUUUGGGGGGUAAGCAUAGUUGGAAAUAAACUAUUUAAAAUAAAUCACUUAUUAUUUUACUAUGGCUAAAGUAGAUGUUAACUAUAGUUACCUUGACAAUUACUUUGUGUCACGUAAAAUAUUGUUAAAUUAAUUAUUAAUCAGUCAUUUUAUAGCCUUUGCACCAUGUGCCAGUAUCACAGCACCAAACGACACCAUCAACAGUUACAGAGACUGUGCCUGCCUACAUGCCAGGUGAAACAAGUGCAAAACUUGCUGUGCUACGUGUCAUAUUUAAAUAUGACAAUUUUAAAGGAAACCAAGAAGAGGCUACUGAUGCCAUACAUUCCCGCCAUGAUAGCCUUGUUAUAUUACCCACAGGUGCUGGAUAA